UGUUUUUUUCUCACAUUGUUCAGUGGUGUUAAGGAUUACUGUCCAUUACACUUGUCAUCAGGCACAUCUCUGCUUCCUCCUUUCCGCCAGAAAUUAAAGGAUGCAUCUGUACGAGAAUGGUAAGCGAUCGGUGUACGCGUAGAACGCUGUGGAUGUGGAGAUUGACAGUUCCCUGCAGCAUGGUUAUGUCGUCGGCCUGGAAGAGAAUCCAGAGAACGACCGCACUCCGCCGCGCCUGAUCGUCGAUUUUGGAUGCCCGACGCAGCAGGCGGUGGUGGCGGAAUACGGGAAGGCCUGGGACUGCUCCACCUAUCGAUUCAACGAGGCGCCCCGGGGAUCUGCCGUGGAGGUGCUGCUGCACGACGGCUCGCAGCGCCCCUGGAAAUGGUACCCAGGGAAGAUGUUGAUUCGCAUGUUAGGUCAGCUCAAUUAUGUGGCGCUGGUGGAGGUGAUGAUGCACGGGCAGUGUCGUCGCGAACUGCUUCCCCACCGACAGAUUCGGGUUCCAUCCAGAGGACAACGUACGCGAGGACCCCUUGCUCCUGGCGAUUUCGUCAUACAGACCUGCACCGUUGGCUGCUGGACUCAGAAGGGACCGCCCUCGACCUGGCUGCUCCGCCGAGUGGAGCAGGAGUUACAGCUGCGUGUUGUCAAGGUUCUUGGUCAGGAGAUGCACUAUCUGCGGCGACGCCAAGAGCUGCCUUUGGCCGAAGAAGAUAUCGUGAGGGUUUUCGAUCGAAACUCCCAGCUUCUCGCAUUUCACCCUGAAUUAUGCAAAGAAAACGAAGAGCUACAGCGAUCAGAGCAGGUGGGUGUCGGGGAACGCGGCUUGGUGUUGCCGUUUGUAUGCUGAAGGAGAUCUUCCGCUCGCUAGACACCGUGGAUCGGCAGCGCUGCCGUCGCACCUGUCAGCUGUGGGAAACCCUUCUCACGUCGGCGGAACUGUGCACAGAGGUGCGGGUAUCGCGGCAGCGUCCAUCGCAACGCAUCCAGUGGGACGGCGAUUACCUCGUGUACGCCUGCUUCUUCAAGCACAUCAUGGCGAACACCUUCACCAACAGCCUGUGUAAUAUCCCCGGGACGGAGGACGCUAAGGGAGACAUGGGUGGGCUUGAUGCAGCAAUGGAGCAACUGGUCAAGGAGGUUUCCAACGACAUGGGCAUCCGCAUGGAGCGUUUCAUCCUGCAGCAGCCGCAGCGCACGAUCGUGAUCCGGCACUCGGGAAUGGAGCGGUGGAAUCUGACAGCGCUGGCGGCCGUGAUCGCGGCGCUCCUGGCACGCCGGAUGUCGUGCUGGGAUCGGAUGGUUUUGAAGGAAUAGGCCAUCCUCUGGUUUUGAAGGAAUAGGACUCUUUGACUAGAUUCACACUCUUCGUUGCACAGAACCAAUACCUUUGUUAUAUUUACGUACACUUCUUAUUAUAAAAUGCUUGCUUAUGCUCUGUUUUGCUUUUUCCU